UUUCAGUCAUUCUGUUCUUGCAUUAGAAUAUAAAAUCUAAAUAUCAGAAAUGCAUGUAAAACUGCCACCUCGGACUGAUUCCCUUGCUGAUGACAUAAGUCCAUGGCAGCAUAUUUCUAUCUGUUAGCUGAUGCUCACUGAAUUGGUAGUUUGACUAUGAGAGCCUACUACUGUUCCUGAGAAGUCAGGUGAGAAUUCAUAUAACGUGCUAUGACAAUGUAAAACAUUUUCAUCUUCUUCAUAACUAUUUAUUUUGGAAUGGAUGAACAUUCCUCACAUUGUGUAAGGCUAGACUGAACUUGCCAUUUAUCAAGGAUCAUGGAGCAUCACUCCAUAUGUAAGAUAAUGAAAGAGAGGUUUAGAAUAAAGUUCAGUGUCAUAUAUUGAAAUUAUUCUUACAAAGCAUAAUACUCAUAUUCUUUGACUAAUGGCCUCCGAAGUAUUAGAUUAUAAACAUUCAUUAAUUGCCCUAUCAUAGCUUAGAUGGGGUAGCCUAGGCAUGACAAUCUUUCUAGUGCGUUUGAUACAUUGUAAUGUCUACAUGAUUACUGUAACUGUGACAAUGUUGCAACAAUAUCCAUGGUGUUAUCAUGAGAAAGUAACAUUAUCAUAUUUUAUAAGAGCUUUUGGGGCGGGGAAAUAGAUCGAAUGCAGUGCAUGACGGGACUCAGGAUAUAACUACCUCAUAUCCUACUAUCACAGCGCUGACCUCUGACAGCUCAGCCUUUCCUUUCACAAACACGGAAGCAGCAUGGCGUCAAACGGCAAGAGCUCUGAGCGGCAAAGAAUUGCACAGCAAAGAUUGAGAAUCAUCGCCGGUCAUUUAAGAAAACAAGAAGAGGCAGAUCACAUAGAGAUCGCUGCACAAGAAUGCAAAGCUGAGUCGAGUAGGACAGAUACCGCGAAGCCAAACUCGGUGCCUAAGAGGAGGCAGGAGAUUAUGAAAUGGAAUGGUUGGGGGUACAGCGACUCAAAAUUCCUCUUUAACAAAAAAGGACAAGCAGAAUUCACAGGCAAGAGGUAUCGGUUAAGUGGCCUGAUCCUGCCUAGUUUGAAGGAAUGGUUUGAGGGGACCUUCGGAGCCAACCUGCAACAUAAAAGCCCUGCCGCGGCCGCUCUCAACGCCGGCGCCGUGCCUCCCCCCAACCUGAGCGAGAGCUUCGUGGAGGAGCUGAAGGCCACAGACAUCCCCUUCUCCCAUGAUGCUGAGGACCGAGUGUUCCGCUCCCAUGGGCACUGCUUACAUGAAAUCUUUGGUCUUCGCGAGGGGCAGUACGGACGAUGCCCUGACAUGGUGGUGUGGCCAAAUUGCCACAUCGAUGUAGUGAAAAUUGUGGAGUUGGCAUGCAAGCACAAUGUUUGCUUGAUGCCAUAUGGGGGAGGGACCAGCGUCUCCAGCGCUCUGGAGUGCCCCCCGGAGGAGACGCGCUCCAUCGUCUCCCUGGACACCUCGCAGAUGAACCAAAUAUUGUGGAUUGACGAGAAGAAUCUUACUGCCCACGUAGAAGCUGGCAUCAUCGGACAGGAUUUGGAGAGACUGCUCAACGAGAGUGGCUACUGCACAGGCCAUGAGCCCGACUCCAUGGAGUUCAGCUCGUUGGGGGGCUGGGUGGCCACCCGCGCGUCCGGCAUGAAGAAGAACAUCUAUGGCAACAUAGAGGACCUGGUGGUGCACAUAAAGAUGGUGACCCCCAGAGGAGUGAUUGAGAAGAGCUGCCAGGGCCCGCGCAUGUCAACCGGACCCGACGUGCACCACUUCAUCCUCGGCUCCGAGGGAACCCUUGGAGUUGUGACCGAGGUCACCAUGAAAAUCCGGCCAGUCCCUGAGUACCAAAAGUACGGCUCUGUCGUCUUCCCAAACUUCCAGCAAGGUGUGGCUUGCCUGAGGGAAGUGGCGAAACAGAGGUGUGCACCGGCCUCCAUUAGGCUAAUGGACAACGAACAGUUUCAGUUUGGUCACGCGCUGAAGCCUCAGGUGUCCUCCAUGUUCACGUCUUUCCUUGACGGCCUCAAGAAAUUCUACAUCACCAAGUUUAAAGGCUUUGAUCCGCAGCAGUUGUGUGUGGCAACUCUGCUCUUCGAGGGCGACCGUGAGAAGGUCCUGCAGCAUGAGAAGCAGGUGUAUGACAUCGCAGCCAAGUUUGGGGGCCUGGCAGCUGGGGAAGACAAUGGGCAGAGGGGCUACAUGCUGACCUUUGUCAUCGCGUACCUACGGGACCUGGGGAUGGACUACUAUGUGAUGGGCGAGUCGUUUGAGACGUCCGUGCCUUGGGACAGGGUGUUGGACCUGUGCAGGAAUGUGAAAGAACGGAUCGUGAGGGAGUGCAAGGAGAAAGGAGUCCAGUUCCCGCCUCUGUCCACGUGCAGGGUGACUCAGACCUACGAUUCUGGAGCCUGUGUUUACUUCUACUUUGCCUUUAACUACAGAGGGCUGAGCGAUCCUCUGAAUGUCUAUUUACAAGUGGAGCAUGCUGCCAGAGAGGAGAUCCUUGCCAAUGGAGGAAGCCUGUCCCACCACCACGGAGUUGGGAAACUUCGGAAGGAGUGGAUGCAAGACGCCGUCUCCAGCGUGGGCUUGGGCAUGCUGAAGUCCGUCAAGGAAUACGUGGACCCAGACAACAUUUUCGGAAACCGAAACCUCCUCUAACUACCCCCCCCCCCCUCCCCCCACACACACACACACCUUCCUCCGCCACCCUAACCCAGAUAACUAGCACACCUUUUUUUAACAUCUAGUUGGGUCAGCAUUAAAUGCUUACUUAAUGUGAAAUAACCCUUCCAUCACAUGAAGCUUGUUUGUCCCUCAGUAUGAUUGAAAAGCAGUGUUUUUAUUUUGUUACUACUCUCAUUAUGAUUAAUAUUAUUAUUAUUA